CCGGGGCCGACGGGGGGCGCGGGGGCGCGGAGCCCCGCCUCCGGGCCUUUCCCCGCGGCGGCGGGCGGCGGACGCGCGCGGGCCCGCAGGACCGACCGCGCUGUCGGUUCGGACGCUGCGAGCGCGGGAGGAGGGCGCCGCCCGCUCGCGCUGCCCCCACACCCCGGCCGGGACUGGGCCUCGCCGCCGACGGCCGCGGCUGCCCGGCGUUCCCGCGGGCCCGGGACGAUGGCGCUGGACGCGGCGCCCCGGCCCCGCCUGGCCCCCGGGAUGAGGCGGCCCUGGCGCGCCCGGCUCCUCGCGCUCCUCUUCGUGCUGGCUCAGCUGCCUCCGCCAGGUUCGUCCGGGGCCGGGCUGGCCCCCGGGUCCCCGAGUCCGCGGAGGGACGGGGGCGCCGAGGGCCGCGGGGUCGCGUUGAGCGACGGCAACGAGGGCAGCGCCAUCGGGAGUUGUUACUGCCACAAAGCGAUUCCUUCCGGCCGCCCUCCGAUGGCGGAGUUCAUGGCACAUCUCCGAAAACACCUGAGAGCCUACGAUCGCUGUAAUUCCUACGUCAGGUUCCAGCUACAGGCCCGGAGUGUGUGUGGGGGCAGCAAAGAUUCGUGGGUUCAACAGUUGAUGAGCUGCUUUGAUCGCAAAGAAUGUGGAUACGCUAACUCUGGCAGUGCGGCCCCCCAGGAGCAUUUACCUCCUCCCAGCACCCAGGUUCCUGAGCCCACACAAAGGGCACCUUCAGACACGGGCUCCCCUGCUCAGACGUACCCGCCACCCGCCUCGCAGUCUACUGUGCAGCCCACGCUUCCAGCCGGGGCACGGUCCUUGGACAAAAAUCUCACCCGUGCCAAUGAAAUCGCUACAUCCACUGAGGGCCGCAGUCUGGCGGCUGGGCCUGAGGCUGGGGAAAGGCAUAAACAGCUGGAAGAAAAAGUGGGGCCUUCAGCAGGGACCUCAGCCAUGGUGCCCGUGCUGUCCCUCCUGGCCAUCAUCUUCAUUCUCACCAUCGUCCUCCUGUACGUGCUGUGCAAGAGGAUGGCCCAUUCGCUGCCGCAGUCUCCAGAUUUGCAGCUUCCUUACAUACCCGUAGCAUCAGACUCCAAAGCCUGAGCUGAGAGUGGAAACCCAUAAGGGUAGACGCUGAGAUUUAUUCAGCCCCAUAUGCCUGUAAUUAACAUAUUCAAAUAAUCUCUAGCACCUAAUUGGCAUUCCAUAGCUAUUUGAUGUUUAAUAUACAAACAUCUGGCCACUGCCCUCUUGUAGACCCUUCCUGGGUUUUUUUCCUAUGCUAUAAUGUGAAAUCUACCUUUUACUGUAAUACCCUAGACAAAUUAUGUGUUUAAUUACUAAAGAUUAUUUUUAUAAUUAUUGACUCUUCUUUCUGCAGACAUUGGCUUCAUGCCCUUGCCCCCUUACCAUGGUUCCUGGCUUCAGCCCCUCCGCCCAGGGUCCCACCGCCCCCUUGUCCCACCCAGUCUGUUUUCACACACCGGCUGUUCCUCCCCCGACUCCCCACUGCAGGCCUGGGCCCUCCCCCUCUUCCUCCCUCCUCAGUAGGCACCAUGCAGUUUGGUUUUAUUUCCUCAAUCCCCGUAUCACCCACAUAUGUUCCAGUGAGAGUCUGAGCUCCUUGUUUUCAUGGCUGUUGUUUUUAUUAUUAAAACCCCUAGUUCUUCUUUUAUCUCUUUCAA